AUGGCACCCUUCUACGCUGUAAAGUCGGAUAACGUCCUCAAAAGAGUUGAAGAACUUCAAUCUGUUGGACAAGAUGAAGCUGCUUUGCAAGCUCUUCACGAAGUCGUACUCUCCAAGCGCUCUCGUAGCAACCCCAUCACAGUGAUGGAGCCUAUCAUGCUCAAGUACGUUGAGCUCUGUGUUGAGCUCAAGAAAGGCAAGAUGGUUAAGGAAGGUCUUCACCAAUACCGUAAUAUCGCCCAAAACACCAGCGUCAACUCUAUUGAAACCAUCAUCAACAAAAUGCUUUCUCUCGCCGAAGAAAAGGUCGCUGAAGCUCGCGCCAAAGCUGAUAAGAUUGCUGUUGAUGUCGAUGAUUUAGAAGCCUCCGAGACACCUGAAUCCAUCAUGUUGAGCACCGUUUCUGGAGACCAAAGCAAAGACAGAACUGAUCGCGCCGUUGUCACUCCUUGGCUCAAGUUCUUGUGGGAAGCUUAUCGCACUGUGCUCGAUAUCAUGAGAAACAACUCUCGUUUAGAAACACUCUACAAUGCUGUUACACUCAAAGCUUUCCAGUUCUGUUUGACUUACGAUCGCAAGACUGAAUUCCGUCGUCUUUGCGAGAUCCUUCGUAACCACUUUUUGAACGUUGCAAAGUACUCUCACCAACCUCAUGCCGUCAACUUGAACGAUCCCGAAACCCUUCAAGCUUAUUUGGAGUCUCGUUUUGCCCAGUUGAAUGCUGCUGCUGAAUUGGAGUUGUGGCAAGAGGCCUUCAAGUCUGUUGAAGAUAUCCACACCUUGUUGACCACCUCAAAGCGUCCUCCCAAGCCCGUCAUGAUGGCCAACUACUAUGAAAAGCUCACCAAGAUCUUCAUGGUCUCUGAUGACUACUUGUUCCACUCUGCUGCCUGGAACAGAUUCUCAGCUAUCGAGCGUGUCGUCAACAAGAACUUGACUGAUGAUCAACAAUCCCACAUGGCUUCCAUUGUCCUGUUGUCUGCUCUUGCCAUCCCCAUCAUCACCACCACCAAGACCCGUCCUGGAUAUGUCGAAGCUGAUGAAUACCGUGUUCAAAAGUUGAACCGUCUCUCCAUGCUCAUGGGUUUGAACGCUCAUCCUACUCGCACUGGCUUGUUGAAGGAAGCUCUCAACAAGAACAUCUUGUCUCGUGUUCGCCCAGAGAUCCGCGACCUCUACAACAUCCUCGAAGUUCAAUUCCAUCCCUUGUCCAUCUGCAAGAAGAUCAACCCCAUUAUGAACAAGAUCUCUGAAGAUGCUGAUUUGGCCAAGUAUGUCCGCCCUCUUCACCAAGUCAUCUUGACCCGUCUUUUGCAACAACUCUCUCAAGUCUAUACCACUGUCAAGUUGGACUUUGUGUUGAAUCUUGCUUCUUUCCCUGCCCCCUUCAACUAUGAUGCUGCCACUAUCGAAAAGUUCAUCAUGAAUGGUUGCAAGCGCGGUGAGCUCAACAUCCGCAUUGACCACGCCUCUCAGAGUCUCAUCUUUGAGACUGAUCUCUUUGCACCUCCCAAGGAUACUGUCACUGAAGGCAUUCAAUUACAGUCUUCUCCUGCUGAUUUGAUGCGCACACAACUGUCUCGUCUUGGUGUCAGCUUGCAUGCGGUUGUUCAAAUGAUUGAUCCCUCUGUCAAGGAAAACGCUGUCAAGGCCAAGCAACAAGUCGUCCAACGUGCUUUAGCUGGCGCUGAGGAGGAACACAAGCAAGCUUUGGCUCGCAAAGUCAUCAUUGAACGUCGUAAGGAAAUCAUUGAGUCCGAGAUUGCUCGCAAGGAAAAGCAAGCCGCACAAGAAAAGGCUGCUGCUGCUGCCAAGAAGGCCGAAGCUGAGAAGAAGCGUGUUGCUGAGGAAAUGAAGCGUCGCGAAGAAGAGCGUCUCAAGCGUAUUCAGGAUGAGGUUCAACGUGAUCAAGCCAAGCGUAUUGCUGAAGAGAUCAGCAGCAAGACUGGUCUCCAAUUGAAGCCCGAGGAAAUUGAGCAAUCUGACGUCAAGACCUUGUUGGACUUGAAGGUAUCUCGUCUCCAAACCGAGCAAAAGGAAUUGAGCGAUCGUCUCAAGCAAAUCAGCAAGCGUAUCGACCACACUGAACGUGCUUACAGAAAGGAAGAAAUUCCUCUUUUGGAGAAGGAUUACGAGCAACAACAAAAGACUGACAAGGCAUUCUAUGAAGCUUCUCGCAAGGCUGAAUUAGCUGCUUCUAAGGCCAAGUUUGAAGAGAACAUGAAGCUCAAGACUCGCUUCUCUCGCAUCAUUGUCGAUUAUAGAACCUACAAAAACAAGAUCGAAACUGCUCGCAAGGAAGCAACUGAUGCCAAGCGCAAGGCUGCUGAUGAGGCUAUCGAAAAGGAGAAGCAAGAGAGAAUCGCUGCAUGGCGUGAAAAGAAGGCUGAAGCUGAUAGAAUCCGUGAGCAAGAGCAAGCUGAAAAGAUUCGUCGUGAGCAAGAGGAGCGUGAGGCCGCUGAGGCCGCUGAGAAGGCUCGUCUUGAAAAAGAAGAGAGGCUCGCCAAGGAGAGAGAAGCCAAUGCCAAGGAACGCGAGAAGCUUGAUGAGAUUGCCAGAAAGCAACGUGAGCGUGAUGAAGAAAUCGAGCGUAAACUUGCUGCUGAGAAGGCUGCUGCUCUUGCCAAGGUCAGCGCUCCACCUGCUAGAGCUGCUUACACUCCUAGUGCUCGUAAUGCUGAAUCUGGUGCUUCUGCUGGUGGAUGGAGAUCUCGUGAAGCUGGUCGUGCUGCUGCAUCUGGUGGUGCUCCUAGUGCCUCUGAAGGUGGUGCCUGGCGUAGUGUUAGCCGCCCCUCCAACAAUGAUCGUUUCGGUCGCGAUUCUGACCGUCGUGAUGGUGGCAGUUUUGGUGAGCGUCGUGGAUUCGGCGGUGAGCGUCGCGAAGGUAGUGGCUUUGGCGGUGACCGUGAGCGUCGUGAUGGCGGCAGCUUUGGCGGUGACCGUGAGCGUCGUGAUGGUGGCAGCUUUGGCGGUGACCGUGAGCGUCGUGAUGGUGGCAGCUUUGGAGGUCGCCGUGAGGGUGGCAGUUUUGGCGACCGUCCUCGUGGUGGUAACAGAGGUGCUGGUGCAGGCUCUAGUAACACUGACAGAAAGUGGUAA